AUGGACCUUACAGGGGCUGUUGGCCAUCAUGGGGACAAUCUGGUGGAGAAGAUUCUAACUGUACUGAAGCCCUUACCUGGUCAUGUGACAGAUGUGCAUGUGGACAUGUUGGAGCUGACAACUCUACAGCGCAGCCCUCAAACCCAGAACAUCUUGGCACCUGGCUGUUUAGCACAAGCAGAGUCAUCGGCAGCGAGGUCAUUGUGGGAGGCCAUGUUGACCAGCAAGCAGAAGGAAGCAGUGCUGGAGGUACGGAGACAGCUCGUGGAAGCAGCCAGCAAAGAGAAGCUCCCCAUCAAAAUGACCAUGGGUCGUGUUACCCCGGACCAGCUGUGUUCCUAUGUUCACCCUUUCCGGGGCAGUGGUGAGGCGUUGGAGAGUCACUGUGGGGUGCUGCAGCUGGGACUGGCUACGGCCCAAACGCUUCGACAUCAGAGCCUGCCGAGGUGGGACGCCUGCCUGGCCUUUGAGAGGCUCCUGCUACAGGCCCUCGGAGACUCAGACUUCCAGUCCGUUCUGCGUCAGCUGCUGCCUCUGAUGAAGCCCCUGGAGGAUGUGGGCGACUCGCGUUCUGAUCGGAGUCCAGAUGAGUGCGGCCCGGACGAGCUGAUUUUGCUGCUGAUUUACCUGUACUCUCUGUCGGACCAGGCCCCUCCCAUUGACCACCAAGAGGCCCUGGAGAAGGCCCUGGAGAAGCUGGAGAGAGAGCUGAUUGGAGCAAUGACACUGGUCCUCACCAAGGAGGUGGAGCUUAGUCCUCUUGUGCAGAAACUUACAGUGCAUAUUGUGAACAACUCCAGUUUUGAUGUGAGAAAAGAGUGA